AUGUUCUAUAAGCACUCCCAUCAUUCAUCAAGAUUUACUACACUAAAUGAAGAAUCAGACAAUCAAGAAACCUGUGAUGCAAGGUCUUAUAGACCUUCGACAACACUAGCAUCUACUAGUUUAAGCCUAUAUAAUCGUCCUUACUUACACACUAAAAGCAUCCCUAAAUCACUGAUUGAGGAAGGGUACAGAUCCAAAAGCAUACUUUAUCAUAUGUGUUUAUUGUCGAAUGAUAAGAAUGUAAGGAUUAGACCAAGUAGAAGGGAGAGAGAAAAAACAAUAUUAUUUACAGAUAGCAUGGAAUUAUAUCAUCAUAAAAUCAUUAAAAGAGUUAAAGAGAUGUGCAGAAGGAAGAGUUGUAAUUGUGGAGGAUGUGGUAUAAAAACUAAAUUCGAAAGGAAACAUGAUGAUUUUGAAGUUCGUACUCAACAAGCAAUAUCUUCUGAUAUAAAGUUACUCUCAUUCACAAGAUAAGGAUAAAAGAAGAAAUAAACAAUAAUUAAGGAAUUUAAAAUAAAAUAAAUAAAUGAAAAAAAAAUUAAAGCCCAAUACUCCUCUAUGAAUACUUAAUUGAUGAUUAAUUUACCAUCGACUCAAAGAGAAAGCUUUUAAGUUGAUUAGCUUGACACUCAGAGAUCUCUCCUGAAAAGUACUCAACAUUUCAUUUAAUCACUCCCCUCAAUCAAAAAUAUUGUCCCUUUAACCAUUUUAAAAUAAAUUUACAUUGCUGGCAAACAACAAAAAUAAUGUGUCAUUCGGAAACCAUCUCAUGACUAUCUAAUAAUGAAGGCCUACAAACUGAAAUGA